UCAAUCAAACUAGAAAUAAUUGAAGAUGGCGAAAAAGUUUUCUCGUCAGGUGAAGACGGAGAAGAGAAAGUCUAACCGAGUGCAGAACAAGGACCUUCUUCUCAAGCUCAAGGAACAAAUUGACACCUACGAUGUCGCCAAAGAACAACCAUCACAGUUUGAAGACUUACCCUUGUCACAGGGAACUCUUCAAGGUUUGAAGGAAGCACUGUUUGUCAAGUUGACCGACGUGCAACGUAAGACCAUCCCCGUGAGUUUGAAGCGUGAGGAUGUGAUGGCCACGGCCAGAACCGGGCUGGGGAAGACAUUGGCCUUUUUAAUUCCAACCAUUGAAGCAUUGGUCCAUGCCCAAAUCACUGAGUUUGAUGGGUUGGCGGCAUUGAUUGUCUCCCCCACCAGAGAGUUGGCCAUCCAAACCUUUGAAGUUUUGACCAAAAUUGGUAAAUAUAACUCUUUCAGUGCCGGUUUGGUCACUGGGGGAAAAGAUGUCAAGUAUGAGCGUGAAAGAGUGUCCAAGAUGAACAUCUUGGUCGGUACUCCUGGACGGAUCAGUCAGCAUUUGAACGAAGCAGUUGGGUUGGAAACGUCCAACUUGCAAGUGUUGGUGUUGGACGAAGCUGAUCGUUGUUUGGACAUGGGGUUCAAACGUCAAAUCGAUUCCAUUUUGGGCCACUUACCACCAACAAGACAAACUCUUUUAUUCAGUGCCACCCAGUCUGAUUCGGUUCAAGACUUGGCAAGAUUGUCAUUGACCACUCCACAAAGAAUCGGGGUCAGUGACGAUAAUGAAAUGGUGAACAGUAAUGGGACUUCGACCGUACCAGACUCCCUUUCUCAAUACUAUGUCAAGGUGCCUCUUAAUGAGAAAUUGGACAUCUUAUGGUCAUUCAUCAAGUCUCAUCUUAAAUGUAAGAUUCUUGUGUUUUUCUCAUCUUCCAAACAAGUCCAAUAUGCUUAUGAAUCUUUCAGAACUUUGCAACCAGGUAUCCCCUUACUUAAGUUGUAUGGACGUCACAAGCAAACUUCUAGAAUGGAGACCACCGUGAAGUUCUCACAGGCCCAACAUGCUUGUUUGUUUGCCACCGAUAUUGUUGCUCGUGGGUUGGAUUUCCCAGCCAUUGAUUGGGUCAUUCAAUUGGAUUGUCCUGAAGAUGCAGCCACUUAUGUCCAUAGAGUUGGACGUGCGGCCAGAUUUGGACGUAAGGGUAAAUCACUUCUUAUGUUGUUGCCCACCGAGGAAGAAGGAGGCAUGUUGAAGAGAUUGGAGCCAAUCAAGAUCGAUCGUAUGAAUAUCAAGCAAAAGGUGAAGAAGACCAUUAGACCACAACUUCAGCUGUUGUGUUUCCAUGACCCAGUGAUGAAGAACUUGGCUCAAAGAGCAUUUAUUUCAUAUUUCAGAUCCGUCUAUGUGCAAAAGGAUAAGGAAAUCUUCAGAGUGGAGGAAUUACCUAGUGAUAAAUUUGCUGAAAGUUUAGGACUUCCAGGUGCCCCCAAGAUCAAAAUGAGAGGUAAUACCGGUGCUGCUCGUGAAAAGAAGAACGCAUCAAGACAAUUACUUGCAUUGGAACAAACAAACGAUGAUGGUGAAGUUGUGGAGGAAGAAAAUAAAAAGGUUAGAACGAAAUAUGAUAGAAUGUUUGAAAGACAAAAUCAAACUGUGUUGAGUGACAAGUUCAUUAACUUGACCGGUGGAGACGGUGGAGACGGAGCUGCCGAUGCUGAAGACGACGAUGAGGAUGACUUUAUCCAAGUCAAGAGAAAGGACCAUCAAUUGGUGGAAGAAGAACUCCCAGAUAUGAGCAUCCCAGUUUCUAAAAGACAAGCCAAGAAGGCACUUUCCAAGAAAUUAUCUAGUGCAUCCAAGGGAAAUGCCACCAAGUUGAAGUUUGACGACGAUGGAGUGGCACAUGCCAUCUAUGAGUUGGAGGACGAAGCUGAUUUCGCCAAGGCUGGGGAUGCAAAGAGUCAAAAGGAAGCUUUCGUUGAGAAGGAAACACAUUUGAUGACUGCUGCCGAUGUUGAAGAUAAACAAACUGCCAAGGACAAGAAGCAAGAGAAGAAGAGAAAGAGAAAGGAAGCCGAAAGAAGAAUGAGAGAAGAAGAAGAGGAAUCAGCAUCUGGUUCAGAGGCCGCCGACUAUGGUGUGGACUUGGACAGAGACUUACAAUCAUCAUCUGACGAAGAAGAGGAUGAAUCACCAGCAUCCAAGAAGCCUAAGUGGUUCGAAACAAGCAAGCAAAAGAAGAGCCAAGUUGCCGAAAUAGAAGAAAUCGAACAACCUCAAACUUUGGAAGAUUUGGAAGCUUUGACUCAAAGAUUGUUACAGGGAUAGGGUAG